GUGGGGGUGGGGGGGGCGGAAUGGCCAUUGGCUCCUGGGAACUGUUUCUGGCAAUCAGAAGAUUCUGGGACUUAUUGAGACAUGGGACUGAGUUACGGGCUCUAUCAGCCAUCAAAAGUGUCAGAUCCUGUGUUUCCGCUGAAGUGUGCCGUGCAGCACUAUGCCUGGGGGAAGGUUGGAUCGGAGAGCGAGGUGGCAAAACUAAUUUCAAGUAAUGAUCCUUCGAUAGUCAUUGAACAAGAGAAACCCUAUGCUGAGUUAUGGAUGGGAGCACAUCCCAAAGGGGAUGCAGUCAUUUGCGACAACAGAAUUUCCCAGAAGACUCUUGGCCAGUGGAUUUCGGAGCAUCCUGAUUCCCUGGGGUCAAAAGUGAAGGAUGUUUUCCAAGGACAGUUGCCUUUUUUGUUCAAGGUGCUUUCGGUGAACAUCUCGUUAUCUAUUCAAGCUCAUCCGAACAAAGAACUAGCUGCACAGCUGCAUGCUCAGUUUCCAGAUCGAUAUCCUGAUAAAAAUCACAAACCAGAAAUGGCUAUUGCACUGACUCCAUUUGAAGGACUGUGUGGAUUCAGACCAGUGGAGGAAAUUAUUGGAUUUUUGAAAAAUGUCCCAGAAUUUCAUGCAGUGAUCGGCAAUGAAGCUGCGGAAGUGCUUGAAAACAGCCCCGGUGACCCACACCGGGUAUCUGAUGCUUUGAAGAAAUGCUUUACUAGAAUGAUGAACUGUGAAAAGAAGACAUUUGUUGAUCAGCUGAACGUGUUGGUGAAGAGGGUGUCGGAAGAAGCUGCUGCAGGUAAGGACACAGCAGGAAGUAAUGGCGAGCUGUUGCUGCGGUUACAUUCCCAAUUUCCAGGUGACGUUGGAUGUUUUGUCAUCUACUUUUUGAAUCUGGUGAAGCUGCAACCUGGGGAAGCCAUGUUUCUGGGAGCUAAUGAACCCCACGCUUAUCUUUAUGGAGAUUGCAUAGAAUGCAUGGCAUGUUCUGAUAAUACAGUGCGAGCUGGCCUUACUCCAAAAUUCAUUGAUGUUCACACCCUCUGCGAAAUGCUGAACUACGUACCUGCACCGGCAAGUGAAAAAAUCUUCCCGUUUGCCCAGGAUCCCUGUGACCCAAGGGUUUUCAUGUACGAUCCUCCAGUGCCUGAUUUCACAGUAAUAAAAAUAGAGGUUCCGAGUUCGGUGAAACAAUACACGAUCUCUUCCAUUGACUCUGCAAGUAUCCUGCUUGUGAUCAGGGGAGAAGCCUCAGCCAUUGCUAAUCCAUCCCAGAUAAACGUCCGACGAGGCUCUGUGCUGUUCAUCGCAGCCAACGAGAAAGUAGACCUGUGCAUCAACUCAACGGAUGGAAUGCUGCUUUUCAGAGCUUGCUGUGUGCUGUAACAUUUCAACUUUUACUUUGUGUCCUUAGGAUUGUAAAGAAAUUAAAAAUAGUGGCACUAUAGGAUGUGGGAUGCAUUGUUAUGGCCCUUUCUAAAAAAUUAGCUUUUUGCCAGUGUUCUGCAAGAUUCAGAACUUUGCCCCCUUUUAAUUGACUGUUAGUUAAUUUUCUGUAAAACUAUCCAUUUGAUCCCUUUACUGAUUGUUUGUUUCAUUUCAGUUUUAUGUGCAUGAGCUUUGUAGCACAAUAUUAACAAAUUUCAGUUCUGAACUGUUUAGCUCUUGCUCCUUGGCUCCAAGAACUUCCUGUGUUCCUUAAGAAGUCAUUAUCAAUAUAUCACAUAUAUACGUUUGAUUCCUGUAACUUCCCCAUAAACCUCAAAUGGCCAGCUUCUGGGUAGUGGAAAGCAAGUUUGCAGCUUUGAACUUUGAACAAUGAACUUUGCAGCUUUGGUUUCUGGUGCCAAAGUUUUUGCAUUAUUGUUGGGCAACACUGGAGAUGUUCUUUAGCAGGUUGUUCGUGUACUGAUGUAUCUUUAGUACAGACCAAACUUUAGGUCAUUGUCUGGCUCCUUUCCACAAAUGUAGGGCACGUCCCAUCAGACCAAUGCAAUGCACACAAAAUGCUGGUGGAAUGAAGGGUCUCAGCCUGAAACGUUGACUGUUUAUUCCCCUCCACAGAUGCUGUUUGACCUGCUGAGUUGCUCCAGUAUCUUGUGUGUGUUGCUCUGGUUUUCCAGCAUCUAUACAAUCUCUUGUGCACCGUCAGGCUAAUUACUGCUCAUCAGUCUAGCUUUGGUGAUGGAUGGUACAGUCUUCGAUAUAAUUUUGGUUUCUCAUCAAGAACCUUCUUAAUUAUACCCCAGUUUAGGCUUUGCCAAAGCCACUCUGCUCUAGACCCUGCUCAGAACUUGAUCGAGAUAUAGGGAGGGAGAAGAGGUGAAUCCCAGAGCUGAGAGUGGCAUUGCAAUUGAAAUCAGAGAAGCACCUGACAAAGUUUAGCUCAAUUAACUUAGAAGCUGGGCAUGUGUGGGUGUGGAUGAGGUAAGUCUCGUUUAACACAAAGGGACAUGACUGUAGUUGUUGCUCAAUCUUCAGUGAAUAAGGAAAUAAUUUGCCAAUAGGGCCCACAUUGUGCUAAUUUAAAAUAAAACACUGCCAAACUAGUAUUUAGUUUUUCAGCUGGUUGUUGGUUGAUCAUGAGUGAAUAAGGAAAUCACUUGUUAUUGAUGCCCACAUUGUGUAAAUGUUUGUUCUUUAAACACUUUCAACCUGGUACGUAUAGCUUUUCAGCUUGUUGAUAGCAUCAGAGCUAUUCUUUGGGUGACCAUUGCAUAGAUGUAACUAAUUAAAUGACAUUGAAAGCACACUGUCUUGCACUACAUUCCCUAAUAGUAUUUAUAUAAUGAGUGUUUACCUCAGAUCUGAAACAUGUUGGGCUUCCGCAAUAUGCAACUUCUCUGUACCGACUGAAAACAAGACGAGAGAGGAAGCAAUGUUUUCACAAAGAUGUACAUAGUAGAAAAGUAUAAAAUAUUUGUAUUGUCUGUCAUCCAUUAACAACUGGCGUGUUGCUAUUUAAAGGCUGGCAUAGUGUAUUCCAGCCUUGUAUUGAGUGAGCUGAUGCUACUAAAUUUGUAAUAACCGAAAUGUGAAAUAACACAAAAAAAAAGCAGAAGUGUCACAUAAAAAGAAAAUGGGAUAGUUGGUCAGUCGGCAAGUAUCUGUGGAGUGAAGAGCAAGGUCAGUGUUUCAUGUCAAUAAUCAACCUUAAGUAGGAGUGGGGGUUCUGACCAAAGUGCUGCUUCUGUGAUUAGAACCAGAAUCCUGGAUUCUGGAAUCCUUUUGGUUGAUACAGUACAUUAUGCUUUCUUGCAAGAACUUGUUGGUACUGAAGUACGGUGUGUCAACAGGAGGGCAUUCUAUCAAUUUGUGGGCUAUAAGUGGCUUGAAGGGGCUUCCUCGUUCGAGUGUUUGUAUGUAUGCAAGAGAAUGCAUGGACCAUUUUUUAUCCCCCACAUUGUAACCACAUUACUAAUUUGUGGAAACUUGAUGUAUGUAAAUUGACUGUUUUCUUUUUCAUAAUUGUGUUUGCGCAUCACAAGCUCUCCAUGGGUUAUAAAACACUGGGACUCCUGAACUAUGUCUAGUUUAUUCCCAAUGUGGUAGUAUAAUGACCAUGAUCUAAAGUAAUCAUCCAGACAAAAUAACUAAAUUAAAAAUUGCCAUCAGUUAAAAUGGCCAAAAUGUUUUGUCUCUUCAAAGUCCAACUGAUUAACGAAUGGAAACCUGUCAUGCUGAACUUGUCUGAGAUUCCAGAUCUACACCAACUUGUUGCCACACAAAAUCAUCCACUACUAAACCUACUCUCAGCAUCUUGGGAAUACAUAAGAUUCUCCUCAACCUCCGAUUGAAUAAAAAAAAAAUUCUUGAAGAUGGGGAUCAAAAGGAUGAUCAAACUUGUUUACCUUUUAGCCUCUUGAAACAGAGUGGACAUGAUCCAUGGAUUUGGGUUCCAGAUCUGGUUGUUUUUACUGUCAUUUCCUCCACAUUUAUGCCAUGUGCCUGAAGGGACUGACGUCAAUGUGGACUGACCAUAGAUUGAAUUGAAUUGGUUUGUAGUUAUCACAUGUACUGUAAUAUAGAUGUGUUAAUUGCAUCAGAAUUUUUCUUUGCUAUUUAACCUUUAUUUUAUUUAUGAAUUAUUUAGUGAUCGUUAUAGUUUGGAAUGAUCAUUUGUACUGUAAUAAAGUAUGUUUGAUUAUUUUUGGGUUCCUACAUAAAGAGUGGGAUAAAUGUGAUUGAUGAUAGAGGAAAGAAUGCUUAUGUUCUUGCACAGAUUACAAUAAAAUAUGUAAUGAUUUUUUUAUAUCAAGACUGAGUAUGAAAAGGUAUAUUAAGAGCAAAUGUUAACUCAGUUAAUGUGCA